UUUCGGCCGGCAUACGUUAUAACAAUAAAAGAUCCAGCCGGUGACAAGAAGCGGAUGACGGCGAAGUCUCGUCGCGUCAGAUAUCGCGAAUAUAUAAUCGACGUUUACUAUACCGCCCUCACAUUUCGAUUUUCGAAUUUAUGUCGCGAAGGCGUUGCGCCCGUCCCGGUUGAUGGUAUAAUCAUACGUGAUAAAUAAAUUAUUAUAAAUAGUGGCUGGUAUAGAUAUAAUACCAACCACAAUCCGUGUAUCGGUGGACAGUUAUUAAUUUAAAGGCUGCACGUGGGAAUUCUUGGAACAUGGAGUAUAAAUCAUCGAUGACUUAUAACCUAGAUCUCUCACCGAACUACUCAUACGUUUUCGACUUCGAAAAUCAUUUUAUACCUCUGAGUUACCGAAAAUGGAUGAUUGAGAAUUGGACAAACGCGUUCUACUAUGUCGGAAUUUACAUGGCGUUCAUUUUUGGAGGUCAAUAUUACAUGCAGAAUCGACCGAGGUUUGAACUUCGACGCACGUUAAUAGUAUGGAACACCGGGCUGGCGUUGUUCAGCAUAAUGGGGGCGUGCCGGACCUUCCCAGAGUUCUUUCAUGCACUCAAGAAUCAUGGGUUGUACCACUCUAUUUGUGUACCAAGCUUCAUCGAGCAAGACAAAGUCUCCGGUUUUUGGACGACGAUGUUCGUCCUCUCAAAAGUACCAGAACUCGGUGACACAGUCUUCAUUGUGCUGAGGAAGAAGCCCUUGAUCUUCCUCCACUGGUACCACCACAUUACAGUCCUGCUGUACACAUGGUACUCCUUCACCGAGUUCACCUCAUCCGCCCGUUGGUUCGUCACUAUGAACUAUUGUGUUCACAGCGUGAUGUACUCCUACUACGCGUUAGUAAGUAUGGGCAAGUACCCGCCGAAAUUCUUCGCGAUGACCAUCACCUUCCUCCAGCUGACACAGAUGAUAGUCGGCUGCGCUAUCAACAUCUGGGCCCACAAUUACAUGGCCACAGCUCCGACGAAUCCCUGUGGGAUCAGUCAAAUCAACAUCAAACUAUCUAUGGCCAUGUAUUUCUCGUACUUCGUGCUGUUCGCCAGGUUCUUCUACAAGGCCUACCUUUCGCCCAAACCGGGGAAGAAAGCAAAGAUCGAGCCGGAAAUCACGGCGCCACCCAAGAAGGAGUUCAAUGGAUACCCCAGACAAAGAAAUGGUGUUGUGCACUAGUCCAAUCUGUGAUUUUAAUUAGGUCGAGCCGUCGGGUAAUCUCAGGUUUUUAUCGCUAUAGCCUAAACACGUUCUCUGUAUUGCCAAAUUUUUCUAGACAUAUUCACCCGCUUGGUCAACGUCACAUAAAGGUGGAAGGUAAAGGAAAAUGACUUUUUAAAACUCAACGAUUUAAAAUCAAAAGUUUUAGAGAAUUUACGUAAGGUCAAAGAUCGAUUAUCGAUUGCAAUUAUUAAAUGAAUGAUAUAACCCGCGUUCUAAUUUUAAAUAACCAAAAAUAAUUAGUUGGAAAUAAAAAGAAAAAACAAUACACACAUAACAUUCAUUGUUAGCGACAUCUAAUGUUUUUGAUUGAAUAAUUAAAGCGAAAUGGAUGAUUCUUUGCUUCACGACGGAUAGAGAUGACAGCAAUCUUAAUCGCAUUUGACCUCGGAGUAGACUUAUCGUGUUUUCUGCACGUUUUCACUUUAUCGUUAACAUACGUUAUGACAUAAAUCACUAUCCGGGUUUAAUGUUCUAUAAUAUUGUCUUAACAAUUGAGAACAUUUUAGGUAUUGUUUAUACAUAGAUUAAAAAUCUAUCAUAUGCUGUGGUAGAUCUUAACUAGAAUAAUAUAAAAAAUUAAGUAGUUCCUUAGGUAGAACUUUGUAGUCUGUGGCAGUAGACAAAGCGGGUAAAUGUGAUUUAAGUGUUAGUCUGUCCUAUAAAAAACCUAGCCCAUUUCAUCACGUGCCAAACCAACCUAUAGCACUAUCUUACAGCCAUUAAGGAAUUUUAUUAAUCAAAGUUACCAUUUCCUUUGAUAAAAACCUGAAAUUAUCUGAAAUCGGCGUCAGGUUAGGAUGACCGCCAUUACAUUCCACGCUACAUUUUUCGCGGGGUCGAACAAAUUAGUACGUUUCAAAAUGGCGGCGUCUUUAAGAAUCUGGUCAGAGACGUCAAAAACAUUAAACCCGGUUCUCUGACCAAGUUAUGAACGCUUGUAAUACAUUUUAACGCCAACGUCCUUGUUUCCAAUAACUAUUAGACGGGCAGUUAAAACGGGAAUAAAGCAAAAUCUAAAUGUUACGAUUAACGACUCGUUUUUUGUAACAUUACUUUUUGCGAGUAGAUAUAGACUAGACUAGAUUCGGAUUAGGACGGUGAUAUACAAAUUCAAUUUCAAUGCAAUUUUUUUUGUAUCGGCUUUGCGAAGCGUUCAAGUUGUUAUCAUAUUUAUUGAGUGAUUUUUUUAAUUUAUUUGUAUCGCAUGUAUAGGGUAUAAUUUGCUUCGCCAUAAAUCGUCUUAAAAUCAUUUGCAAUCGGAAGCAUUUAAUAAUAUAAAGCAAUGUGAAUUUUAAAGGUCUAUAUGCAAAACGUGUCAACCGUCUCAACUUGACAGGUGUCAAAGUCAUUGCCAGUUUGACAGAUUUGAGAUUUCGCGUUGAUUCGCGUUUCCUACCACAGAUAUUGGACCUAAUCGAAAAAAUCGACAGUUCCAACGUAAUUAAUGUUUUGCAUUAACUUGUGUUAGAGAUUAUAAGGCGAAUAUUUAGACGAGAGGCGAUUUCGUUAAUAAUUUAUUAUGCUUGUAUAACAGGCAUUUCAGGUAGCGGAAAUAAUCGGAGUUCUUAAAUGUAUUUUAUUGCAUGGCAAUAAGGUUUAAAUUUAAUUGCAAAAGGGACUUUUGUCUAAUACCGCUUGUCAAGGUACAAAUUUUUGACCUUCUAUAGUUUGAUUGGAGAUGAAUGUAUAAAGAAAUGGCUCGUGGUUUGCUUUAACCAAACGUUGUACAAAGCUUAGUUUUAGCGUUAUAAACAAUUUUUUCCAGUUAAAAGUCGAAAUAGAAAAUUUAGAAUAUAGAAAAUUUUCCGUAAUCUAUAUGAAAUGUUUAUUUUAAAAAAGGUUAAAAGGAAUAUUCCUAGAAAAAUCGUAGGAGAGUUUUUCUUCAUGGUAAAGAUAAGGAUGGUAUAUGGCAAUACAAAUAUAAGCGUGUGUGAUUAACCAAACAUACUUCAUAGAUUUCAUGUGUCAAGGACGGGUUUCAUCUUAACAAUAUUUUCGUAGUUUUUAGUUAACCUCACGAGUACACAAUGCCAUAGAGAAACAAAAGUAUAAUUUUAAAGCAUUUACAAAUUUUACAAAUUUGUAGUUAAUAAUCUUGAGAUUUUGUGAUUGUUCCGAUCUGGUAUAACACUUGAUACUUUGCUUCAUAUAUUUCUAUGAAAAAUAAUAUUAGUAAAACCGAUUUCCAAUUCUCAUUCUCAAGGGACUUCAAUGUCUAAACGAUGGAUACAGAUUACAGAAUUUGUAGUUCUGUCGCGCAUUAUAUGACGUACGACAUUUUUAUACAUUUGACAGUGACGUAGAGUUGUCAAACUCUUUAAGGUAAAGUUAUCAAGUUGUAGAGUAGAUCGGUAGAGUCAACACUGCAUAGUUUAGUUAGAAGAUAGCCUCCUUAAGGACUUUGCUUAGUGUAAAAUUUAUACACUUGCAAUGUAUCACUUAAAUGGUUUUGAUUAAUAGGAAAUUAUUAAAAACUGCUUUUUACCCUAAUAUUUUAUUUAUUAUAAAACUAUCUAAGACACUUAGCAUGAACCAGCGAUAGUUCUAGGCAUUAGCAUCAAACGAUGCAUAUUUACAAAUUGUACUAAAAAAAUAGUUGGUGCUUCCGAUUUAGUUCCAACUAAGCUCUUCAACAAUUCUUAACGUUUUGUGAUUAUAUUAUUUUGUAUGAAAAUUCAAAGAUAUCGUAGUGUUUGUGCUAAGGGUCCAGAUAUAAUUUAAAUAUAUAAAUUUACAAUUUGUAUGGCGUCAAGCGAGGAGAACAAAUUACACCAAUUCGGUUCGAACACUGAAUUGAAAAUACCAGUGGUGCACUUCGACCGGUUAAAGUUGAGCUAUGAUUGUCUGUCUUGCUUAUUUCCAUAUAUAAUAAGCAGGAUGGCAAUGCUUACACAUCUGCCAGUAUAUUUCUGAACUGUUAUUUAUUAUUGUUAUCUUUUAUACGCUUUGUAAAACAGUUUACAUAGAUUUUCGUUUAUUUUAUUUCCCUGCACAAUAUAAAAUUAUAGUUUUCGGUGAUAGUAGGUAUUACAAGGUUUUUGCGGGAAUUGUGCUAUUUUUAUUUUGUACUUUUAUUGUUUUUAUAAGGCGAAUGUUCCACGGCACUUGAAGAAUUUGGUGCUUGUCACUUUUUAGAUAUAGAAGCUUUAUGAAGUUUUAAAAGGUUUUCCCAAAUUGUAAAUAUUCCAGAACAUAUUUUUAAUCUUAAGCUGAUACUAUAAUCAUGUAAAUGCAAACUGUUGAGUAUAGUAGAGUAAUUAACUGAAGCUUCCCUGUUAAAGAGAGUUACCAUAGACAAUGUUUUGUAUAAAAUCCACGUUUUGCAUUUUGUUAACCAUAAAACGCCUUUAUACAUUAAUAUUUAUUUAAAAAAUAUGCUGAAGAUACACAAUAUGUAGAACAAAUUAUGAAUGUAUCAUGGUUGUGAGUGUAAGAAAAUAAAUGUAGCAUUUAACAGUUUCUUAGACUAGUAAAAGAUUGAUGACGAGUUGAAAAUAUUGUAAAAUCAAAUGUUUUAACUUUAUGAUUACAUACAUACAUAUUGUGUUUCGUAAGCAUUUCGCAUUUAUAUAGUUGCAUUUACAUGAAAUGGUUAAGCCUAGCUCGUAGCUAGAACAAAUUAACAAUUAUCACAGUACAUAAUUGAGAAUAUAUUUUUGUGGGAUGUUUUGUGGUCAAAAAUAAAAGCCGACUGUAUUAUCACAAUAAGUAUGUUUAAUAUAAAUGGAUUGGAAACAGACAACAUGCAAUUAUUAAUUUGUAUUUUGUGGGCAAAUAAAGCGUUAAUGCGUCAUA